AUGCGCCGGUAUCUGUGUCUUCUUGCUUGGUCUAUUUUGCUGGCUUCAUUCGGAGGAGCACAGGCGAAGCUGGACUUAAACUCGACUAGCAACAUCGUUGUUUACUGGGGCCAGAAUUCAUUCAAUGGAAAGGGGGAUCAGGCACAGCAGCCUCUUGCACACUACUGCGAUAAUGAGGACAUUGAUGUGAUACCAAUGGCCUUCAAUAUGAUGGUCAACGGCCCAGGAGGCGCUCCAGAGAUUGAUUUCUCUGUUACCAGCAAGGACUGCGAUGUCUUCGAAGGCACAGAAUUAAAGAACUGUCCUUCAAUUGCGAAGGACAUCCAAACGUGCCAAAAGAAGAACAAGACGAUCCUUCUUUCAAUCGGUGGAGCGACCUACAGCGAGGGCGGCUUCAAGUCCGACGAAGAUGCCAAGGACGGUGCGAAGCUGAUGUGGGAGACCUUUGGCCCCAAGAAAGAGAAUUCAACCGCUCUUCGUCCCUUCGGUGACGCCGCCUUGGAUGGGUUCGACUUGGACUUUGAGGCCAAUGUCCAACACAUGGCCCCCUUCGCCAACGAGCUGCGCUCACUGAUGAAGGCGGAUAAGAGCAAGCAGGAUUUCUACUUGACAUCGGCACCGCAAUGCCCCUACCCUGACGAGGCAGACAAAGAGAUCCUCAACGGUCCUGUUUACAUUGACGCUAUCUGGGUACAGUUCUAUAAUAACUAUUGCGGCGUCAACAAUUUCAACACCGACAGCUCAAGCAACAAAUACAACUUCGAGGAGUGGGACACCUGGGCUAAGACCGUGUCACAGAACAAAGAUGUAAAGGUCAUCGUCGGCGUCCCAGCCUUUACUUCUGCAGCUAGCACGGGGUAUAUCCCGGCGUCCGAGUUGGCCAAGGUGAUUGAAUACACGAAGAAGUUCGACAGUUUCGGAGGUGUUAUGAUGUGGGAUGCCACACAGGCAUACGAAAACGAUGGAUUUAUCGAGGACGUGCGAGAAAGCUUAGGUUCUGCGAAUGAUUCCGGUUCGUCGUCGCCCGACCCGGUGUCAACCUCGGCAUCUGCCUCUACGUCCACUGACCCAACGAAGACAACCACCACAACUACCACAACCACGACUACGAGAACGACGACGACGACGACGACGACGACUUCGCCAUCUUCCAAUGCACCCGUCUCUUCACACUCAUCCUCCUCCUCCUCAUCUGCUUCUGCUUCGCACAAGGGAGCUGAAGAAACAACCACCACCACCACCACCACCACCAAAGAACAUAAGCCUACCGUUACGACCACCACGCAAAAGCCUGUCGCUUCCACUACCCAACCAAAACCGACUACUAUCGUCACUACAACCGCAAAGCCCAAGGCUUCCUCAACCACAUCUGCGGAGACAACUGCGACUCCCACCUCGAAUGGUGGCCCUAACUCGCCGAGCGACGACGAUAAUUCAGACGAUGGACCAAAUGAUGAGUCGGGUAGUAAUCUCCUCGGCUCUAUCCUCGGGAACGACCUUCUCGGUCUGCUGGGUGGCCUCCGUAAGGCGAACAAAGCUGCUAGCGGUAUCACCCAUGGUCUAGCCAACAAUCUCUGA